CUGCCAUAUUGAUCUACACACUACUUACGAAUAACGGCUGCUCGAAUCGUCAUGGUAUUUUGCGGUAAGCCAAGCAAAGGUUGCUCUAAUUGCCGUCAACGAAAGAUCAAGUGUAGCCAAGACAUUUCGGGCUGCAAACAAUGCUUAAGGGCCGGCUACGUUUGUCCGAAAUACCGGGAUCACCUCGAUCUCAACUUUCGCAAUGAAACUGCUGCAGUUGUACAGAAAGUACAAUCUCGAAAAAGGCAGACGUCCGAGAUUCAACUAAGAGGACUCGGGGCUGGUAGUAGCGAUCCAUUUAAUUCAUUAUCAGUUCCCCUUCACGAGCAGGAGAUGAAACUACUCAUGCAUUAUAUCAUUUGAAUGAACGGCUACGGGAUCAAGAUUCCUCAAGAGCUAUCAGCAACAUAACAAUGGCUGCUGUGCUUGGUCUCCUCACCCAAGCUGUAUUCGACAAGGAUUAUGAAGCAGCUCGUAUCCACAUGGCUGGGAUGCGGCGAAUGAUCUCCUUGGGAGGUGGCCUCGAUGCGACAUGGUUAAACCCAGUGGUCCGAGACACUAUUUUCUGGGCGGACUUCUGCUGUGCAUGUAGCUUUGGUAGCAGGUUGCAAUUCACGCUACUGCGAUCACAAGCGGUGCUGAAUACUCUUCCACUAAACAUCUAUCCUGGAACUGAAAUGGCCUUGAUGGGUCAUGGAUUCGCCGAUUUGUUGCACACAUCUAUCAUCUUUGACGAAUUCAUUUCCAUAAUUUGCGAGCUUCGAUUCUUGAUUGUGAGCCUUGGGCUAGCCCAGUCGAACGACAAGUUGAAUUUAAUGCCAUCCCAGUUCAAGGAAAAAUGCCUCGCUAUUGAGGGCAAACUUUCUGCGCCGGUAACAAUCACAACCACAACUAUUAAUCACUGUCAAAUUCUGUCGUGCUGUCAUAUCUCAUGUUUGAUCUUCAUCAGGACCGUUCUGCUAGGAGAAUCCCAUGUGAUGUCAACGACCUUGACUACCUUCGGAGCAAGCCUCCGCGCGGCUCUAGAGGAAACGGAUCUCACCUAUUCAUGGAGCAUGCUAUCUAAGCUACUCCUCUGGGUUCUGUUCAUGGGCUCCACGGCAACGAUUGGAGGACCGCUAUGCCCUUGGUACAUGGACCACUUCAUGCGCACAGCUGCCUCGCUCCAACUGCAAAAUCAAGACCAGUGUAGGGACUGCUUGCGAAAAUUCCUUUGGUUGGAGAGCGUGUCUCAAACUCAGCUUCAAUGCUGUUUCGAGAUAUUGGAUAGACUUUAGAGCUGACAUGAAUACUAGACUGCUUGAUAGUCUUUAGACUAGCUCAGAGCAGAGCUUUUAUUUAUUUAUUUACUCAGAAG